AUGCCGCCUGAUCCACUUCACGACGAGCGACAGCUGAAGACCCCUGCUCAUACUCUCGACCGCGUCCGGAACAACCAGCGCCGGCAUCGUGCUCGUAGACGUGAGUACAUUGCUUUCCUCGAGGGGAGGCUAAAAGACACUGAAGGUCGGCUUGCCGAGGCCUUGACUGAGCUUGCCGGUUUAAGAGCCGAACUGGAGAGUUACAGACACGGGCAGCGGAUUGAUAUAAUCACCAGUGACAGCACCGGUGUUGAGGUUGACCAAAGUGCCGCUUCUACCAACGACAGAGCGGGGCUUCGUGUCCUAGAAGAAGGAUUGCUUAUGCAUUCACCUACCGUGUCAGCAGCCGCUACGGAUGAACUGCUCCCAAUUACGGACUCAACGAUGUCUACAGUCCUAGACCAGGAAAUGUCAUGGUUCAGCGAAUCUCCACUCCCCAUAACUUCCGGGCUCCCGCUCGCCUCGGUCUACCUUCUCGGAAGCUUAGAUGCUCCACCAGCUUUCGAUGCUCCAACUUCGAGCCUCAUCCAGGCCACCCCAAAUGAGAGCGUAUCGAUAUUGCAGACUUCUCCCGAGCGACAUCCGGUAACAGAACCAGAUGCCGUGCCGGCUCAGCCCCCGGCAUCGGAAGAGUGUUGUCUGUACCUUCCGCCUUCGGAUAAUGAGUCCACCACUCUCUGUACUCAAGCAUACGCCAUGAUUGAGCAGCAGAACUUCCGCGGAUUGGACGUCCAUACCAUUCACCAGUGGUUAUGGGCCGGAUUUCGAAAAGCGAAGCGCACAGGCGAGGGCUGUAGGGUGGAGAAUGGGCUUCUUCUCGCUUUGCUUGACCUUGUCAGCGGAGCUUAG